UAGUGGGAGGGGUACAGGGCAAGGAGCUAUAUAACCAGAGAGUGUCUUGUUUCCCACUGCACCAGCCCAGAGCAGCUCCCCCCAGCCAAAGCACUCACAGCAGGGACUGCAGCUGUGUCGAAGGUCUGAGGAAGUCACCCUAGGAAGAUGUGUGAGGAAGAGGACAGCACUGCACUGGUUUGUGACAAUGGCUCAGGGCUUUGCAAGGCUGGCUUUGCUGGGGAUGAUGCUCCCAGAGCUGUUUUUCCUUCCAUCGUGGGACGUCCCCGGCACCAGGGUGUGAUGGUGGGCAUGGGUCAGAAAGACAGCUAUGUUGGUGACGAAGCUCAAAGCAAGCGAGGAAUCCUGACACUAAAAUAUCCCAUUGAACACGGAAUCAUCACAAACUGGGAUGAUAUGGAGAAGAUUUGGCAUCAUUCUUUCUACAAUGAACUACGCGUUGCCCCUGAAGAGCAUCCAACUCUGCUGACAGAGGCUCCUUUGAAUCCCAAAGCAAACAGAGAGAAAAUGACACAGAUUAUGUUUGAGACUUUCAAUGUUCCAGCCAUGUAUGUUGCUAUUCAAGCUGUUCUUUCCCUCUAUGCCUCUGGACGUACAACAGGGAUUGUGCUUGACUCUGGGGAUGGUGUCACCCACAAUGUACCCAUCUACGAAGGCUAUGCUCUGCCUCAUGCCAUCAUGCGCUUGGACUUGGCUGGCCGUGAUCUUACUGACUACCUCAUGAAAAUCCUGACGGAACGGGGAUACUCAUUUGUUACAACUGCUGAACGUGAAAUUGUCCGUGAUAUCAAGGAGAAACUUUGCUAUGUUGCUCUGGAUUUUGAAAAUGAAAUGGCCACAGCUGCUUCUUCAUCGUCUCUAGAAAAAAGCUAUGAGCUACCUGAUGGUCAGGUGAUCACAAUUGGAAAUGAACGUUUCCGAUGCCCAGAGACCCUCUUCCAACCUUCUUUCAUUGGCAUGGAAUCGGCUGGCAUUCAUGAAACCACCUACAAUAGCAUCAUGAAGUGUGACAUCGACAUCAGAAAGGACCUUUAUGCAAACAAUGUCCUGUCUGGGGGAACCACAAUGUACCCUGGCAUUGCAGAUCGUAUGCAGAAGGAGAUCACUGCCCUGGCACCCAGCACUAUGAAAAUCAAGAUUAUUGCUCCUCCUGAGCGCAAGUACUCAGUUUGGAUCGGGGGCUCUAUCCUUGCCUCUCUUUCCACCUUCCAGCAGAUGUGGAUCAGCAAACAGGAAUACGAUGAGGCUGGCCCGUCCAUUGUUCAUCGUAAAUGCUUCUAACUUGGUUGCCCCUUUAGCUCUCCUUCCUUCCUUCCAUCCUAUCUUCCAUCCUAUCUUCCUUCCUUCCUCCUUCCUUCCUUCCUUCCUUGAGCACAUUACUGUGAACGUAUAUAGGAAUAGUAACCUCUGUAUGAUUCAAUUCCGAAUAACGAUGUCUCCAGCUAUUUCCAGUUAAGAGUUAUAUGUAAUUUUGCAAUGUGUUUUGGGGUGGGGGGGAGGGAAUAAACUUCAAACACACUAAAAAAACGUUAGGUGCUCAUAAUUUUAUUAAUAAAACACCUCCAGUUUUUCUUACUCUAA